AACAGAGGUGAGAUCGGGACGCCGGCGGAGGUCCAUGGCGCCUGCAGAAUGGGAGGCAGAGAGGGAUUAGAGAGAAGAAGAGAGGAGAGGAGGAAGAAGAAGCAGCAGCAGGGGCGCGUUGGCUCGAAUCGCUCUCGAUCGGGAUCAGCGGUGGCUCGGCUCACUCUGGAUCUGGAGAGGAGGAGGAAGAAGAUACAACGGGCGGCGGCUCUGUAUCGGGAUCCCCUCCCGUUCGCUGCGGGCUCAACCCUUCCCCAGCAAGAGCAGGGGUGCGCCCGCGCGUCCUCCUCCUGGGAGGGGAAGACCGGUGAUGGACUGGCCGACGAGGGUGAGGAUCGCGGCGGGAUCGGCGCGUGGGUUGGCCUACCUGCACGAGGACUGUCAUCCAAGGAUCAUCCACGGGGACAUCAAGUCAUCCAACAUUCUUCUCAACGACAACUUAGAAGCUCAGUUACUGACGAAACCUGAAUGUCGGAUUCAUCGUAAUCCGGGUCGCGGAUUUCGGGUUCGCAAGGCAUGCGGAGAACGACGUGACGCACGUCUCCAUGCGUAUGAUGGGCACAUUCGGGUAAACAAACCAUCUCUAACUGCAGGAGCCAUUCAUCUCGGCACGUCGAUAGGAAACGAGGAAAAAUUGUCAAAAACUCUGUGUUUGUGGUGACUAAAAACGAACAGGUACUUGGCGCCGGAGUACGCCUCGACGGGGAAGCUGAUGGAGAAAUCGGACGUGUUCUCCUUCGGGGUGGUGCUCCUGGAGCUCAUCACCGGCC